CAAUUAUCAUUUGGGUGAAUAAGGAAUGGCUUCUAAAGGAGACAACGAGGACGCAAAGAAGACCAACAACGUUCCCGGAACUGAGCCAGGUCAAGACGUUUCAGGUCACGUGACGACACGUUCACAAGAUAGAGUAGGAGAGAGAGGCUCAAAGCGGUAUCUUACCAACUUCAAACAACAAAAACUUCGCGCUUGGCAACCAAUAUUGACACCGGGAUGGGUUAUUUCAACUCUCUUUUUAGGAGGUCUCGUGUGUGUUAUUAUUGGUGGUAUCAUACUCGGAUAUUCGAAUAGAGUUAUUCGCUAUUCGAAACGUUAUGAUAAUAUCCCUGAUUGUGACGUUGGAGAUGAAAUUGCACAGCCCAAUUUCUCAAAAACUUGUUCUGUCUCAAUAGAUGUGACACAAAGAAUGGCAGCGCCGGUUUUUCUGUACUAUAAGUUGAAUAAUUUCUAUCAGAAUCAUCGGCGUUAUGUUGCCAGUAGAAGCGACCAACAACUUCACGGAGACAUAGUUAAAGUUUCUUCUCUUAAGAGACAAUGCGCCCCUGGGCCUUAUGCUUUUAAUACUAGUACUAAUAUGUCUCUUGAUGGUCACUAUUACAUCCAACCAAACUAUCGGAGUAAUAGCUCUGAAAUUGACAGUGAGUUGGACUCGAGGCUAGUUAUACCUUGCGGAUUGGUUGCAUGGAGCUUUUUCAAUGAUACUAUUGGAGUGAAUGAUAGCAUCACGUUUGUAAGCAGCGAUUCGAAUUUUGUCAAUAUCUCGUUCUCCACAAAAGGCAUAGCAUGGAAUUCCGAUAUUGAUACCAAGUUUAGAGCUGGACCAGACCCACCGUUCUCUUCUGAGAAUGACGAUCUUAUUACGGAUGAGGCUUUUAUGGUUUGGAUGCGUGUGGCAGCUUUACCAGAUUUCCAGAAACUGUAUGGAGUUAUCCGAAAUGGAACUUUGGAACCCGGUCGAUACAUUUUUAACAUUACAGCAAGAUAUCCUGUGGCAUCUUUUGGUGGUGAGAAAUAUUUGGUUUUAUCAACGACCACCUGGCUUGGAGGUCCCAAUCGAUUUUUAGGAAUUCUUUAUAUUGUUGUUGGUUGCAUUGCCAUAUUUUUAGCUAUAGGUUUCCUAUUCCAAUAUCUAUUCGGUCAAAGAGCCAUGACUGGAAAGGAUGGACCUGUUGUUUGGAACCGCUACGAGGCAAAUGAUGGUAGAGUGCAUAUUCAGGGUACUUUACGAGCAUAAGGACAAGAAAGGAAAUCGGUUGGUCUGCUUCGUUUGCCGUUUUCAUGUUUGGAUUCGACGUGAGACUUUUUGGUUGUAUAUAACGUGUAGAUUCGUAUAAACUGGAAAGUUUGUCGAACUUUUCAGUACUUGAUAAUCAAUUUUUUUCAAGCAAACUUGCUUGUGUUUUGCAUAGCUGUGAUAUCUAAACCAUCUUUUUAGCGGAAUAAGUUAAUGUUGUUUUUUAGAGUAAAUAUAGCUUCCAUUGUUUGCAAGAAUUUGGUGGAUAUGAAACCAUUAACCCUAACUUUCAAGUUUUUGAAAAGGCCUGAAACUAAAACUGGUAUUCUGGUUAAGCCACUUCCAAUAGCUCUUUAAGGAAAAGGGCAAGUAAAGCUUCUCAAAGUUUGUUGCUUUGCUUAGAACACCAGACAUAAAAGACUGUGAAUUCGU